AUGUCCAAGUUAUUCGUUUCGUCUUUUCGAUUACCCGCUUCAUCUUCAUCAUUGACGGCAUGUCGACCAUGUCUCGCUGGACCAUCGACUUUUGCCCGAAGACCAUUCUCACUCUUUUCUCCUUCAUCCGAACGUGAACGCCAUGUUUUGGGUCGAAUAACGCCCAAAAGGAUAGCUGUACCUCGAUCAGCUAUUGAAAAUGGACAAUUCCCUGGUUACACAGGGACAGGAGCAGGCGCAGGUGCAGGCGCAGGAGAGGGAUUUACUGAUCCUUCAUUACCUAGACGAUCGAUAUGGCGUCCGCUAGUUUUCUGUGGUUUGUUGGGAGGAGGAGGAUAUGCGCUUUUAGCUUUAUAUACGAAUCAAGAUACGCAGAAAUGGGCAGAUAAACUCGGUGGGAGUAGUUGGUGGAGAAAAGGUCAAAGUCAACCUAGUGAUAGGGAGAUUCAAAGGGCUAAGCAAUUAGAGGGAGCAAGGACCGCUCAAAAAACACUGAACACAUUACCCAAAACACUAUCUUUCCUCCCAAAUUUCCUCCUCAUCCCAGUUUUACGAACUUACGUUAUGGCAUCUGAAUUUUACCUGAACACACCUUCAGCUCAACUUGCACCGAUGGGAUUAAUCUUUUUCAUGAGCAACGUAUUCGUCUGGUGGAAGCUUAGGAGAUUAGAACCCUCAAUGAGGAAAUGGUGGUUACAUCGUCCUAUCGUUUUUGGCCGUGCAAGAGAUGAAUGGAGAAAUUGCGUUACUAUGUUCACCAGUACUCUUUCACACCAAUCCUUACCUCAUCUAGCAUUCAACUCCUUGGCAUUAUUCUCCUUUGGUUCAGCUGCAUAUUCAUAUCUAUCAUCAUCACCUUCUUCGCCUUCAUUAGUGACCUCAACACAUACACCACAUUUCUUUGCUUUCUUAUUAACAGCAGGAUUAUUUUCAUCAUUAGGAAGUCAUUUAUGGACAAACAUAUUUCGUUAUCCGAUUUUACGAAAAGCACUUUCACAUCCUGCAAGAAUAAGUAGUCCACAAGCGUUAAUGUCACAUCAAGGAAUCCUUCCUUCCCUAGGUGCAUCAGGAGCUAUUUACGCCGCUCUGACUAUGACCGCAUGCGCUUUCCCCGACUCAAAUGUUGGUAUUAUCUUCAUCCCGUUCGUCAGUCUACCUAUAGGUAUGGGUGUAGCUGGUAUGAUCACUUUAGAUCUAAUUGGAUUAAUCAGAGGUUGGAGAAUGUUCGAUCACGUUGCCCAUCUAUCAGGAGCUCUAUUCGGAUUCGUAUAUUACAGAUUCGGAAGAGAAGUUUGGCAAUGGACAAGAGAGAAAUUGGGUGCUGUACCUAGAGGAUCUGGAUUAUUCUGA